CCGCGCCGGCUCAUUUCGCGGGGCCUGCGUCUCCCUUCGCCCGGCCUUCUGCCGCUGCCGCUGCCGCUCGGGCCUGGAGGCUGGAGGGAGGGCCGGACCCGCGUCCUUUUGCUGUGUGUGUAGGAGAAGGAGAAGGAGAAGGAAGGCAUGGACCCCCGGCGGGGCAGCGCCCUCCCGGGCCUCGGUUGGGGCCUCUCCCCGGUCGCCAGCCUCGCCCUCAACAUGGACCGCCUGGCCGGCCUUGGAAGCAAUUGCGAGACUCCGAAGCGGAAGAAGCGCCUGGGGAUGGAGCUCAAGGCGGAGUGGUCCUCCCUGGACUCGGUCUCCUCCGAGUCUUCCCAGGAUUCGGCCUACUCGGAGUCUGCCGAUUCGGGCGUCGGCCCAGAUUCUCCGCGGGACUCGGACCUGGAGAGCUUCGAAGAUGUGUUUGAGAGGACGGCGCUGGAGUCCCGGAAAGGCCCCCAAAGGGAUUCCUUCCCCAUCCGACGGAUCCAGUCCUUGCCGGUGAGGCUCCUGGGGGCCAGUCCUGCCCUGAGGAACAUCUCCAACUCCAAGGAAUUCAACAGUCCGGCGGCUCUCGAGCGGGACUCACCGCUGGGCAACAACGCGGAGAAUGAGGGUGUCCUUUUCAAGAAGCCCCUGCGUCCGAGUGGCCGGUCGGGUUCCUCGCGUGGCGCGGCAGAGCGGGACCCCUUUGCACAUCGGCCCAGUUCGGCCCCGGACCUCAUGUGCUGCAGCCCAGAGAAGGAGAACGCGGGGCCCGCACCCCGGAGCCCGGCCUUCCUCCGCCGCUCCUCCUUGGCCUCCUUCCUCUCCGACGAAGACGACGGGUUCAUGGAAAUCCUGGACGAGGAGCAGAUGAAGGGCGACGCAGAGGUUCCUCCGGGGAUGGAGAACCUGCUGAUGGCUCCCUUGGUCCAGAAAGAAGAAGAAGAAGCCGGCGCUGAACUGACCCCGGUGAACGCGGGCAAGUGCCGCCGCCUCUUCCGCUCGCCCUCGAUGCCCAGCAGCGUCAUCCGGCCCAUCCUCAAGCGCCUGGACCGGCCUCAGGACAGGGACGCCCCGCCGGUCAAGAGCAAGCGCCGGAGGAGCCUGGCCGACAGCAACGCCUUCUCUGCUGCUGCAGCCGAGGAAGAGGAGGAGGAGAAGGCCGAGGAGCCGAAGCCGCGCAUGGUGCGCUCCCGCUCCUGCUGCCCCAGCGAGAUCGCCAGCAUCUUGGACAACGACCAGCGGGAGCUGAUUGGGGACUUCUCCAAGGCAUACAUUCUGCAGACGGUGGAAGGGAAGCACCAAGACCUCAAGUACAUCUCUCCCGAAAUGAUGGUGGCUGUUCUGACGGGUCAGUUCAGCAGCCUCAUUGAACGCUGUGUCAUCGUGGACUGCAGAUAUCCGUACGAAUACGAAGGUGGUCACAUCAAGGGCGCGGUGAACCUCCCUCUGGAGAAGGACGUGGAGGAGUUCCUCCUCCAGAAGCCGAUGGUGCCGUCGGAUUCUUCGAAGCGAGUGAUCGUCGUCUUCCAUUGCGAGUUCUCCUCCGAGAGGGGCCCCCGCAUGUGCCGCUUUGUCCGGGAGAAGGACCGGGCCUGCAACGAUUACCCUUCCCUGCACUAUCCCGAGUUGUAUGUCUUGAAAGGAGGCUAUAAGGAGUUCUUCCCACAAUACCAAUCGCACUGUGAGCCGCCCUCCUACCGGCCGAUGCACCACCAGGACUUCAAGGAGGACCUGCGCCGCUUCCGCCUGAAGAGCCGCACGUGGGCCGGGGAGCGGAGCAAGAGGGAGCUCUACAGCCGCCUCAAGAACCUAUGAGCGCAGGGCGGCAGCAGCAGCAGAAGAAGAGGCACUUGGGGGUUGGGGGUGGGGGGCUAGACAGGACUGGAUAUACGGGGCCUUCGCGGGCAAGAAGGAAGCCAUCUCUGCCGUGCAUCAGCAGGAAAACCAAGAGAAGGGACAUCUGCGGAAGGAAUUUGACGCCGAGUAGGAGAGACAAUUUGCAACAGUUCCAACAACGAGGACGUCUCCGUCGAUCUCCAAUAGUGACCCAAAUGAAACACUGAACUUCCUCUGGUGUCGCGGAUGCGGAGCUCUUCUUGGGACACUUGUAUCCGCGUCCUUCUCGACGCCGAGGAGGAAAGGGACACAAUUUGCAACUUCCAACAACGAGGACAUCUCCAUCUCCAAUAGUGACCCAAAUGAAACACUGAACUUCCUCUGGUGUCGCGGAUGCGGAGCUCUUCUUGGGACACAAUUUGCAACUGUUCCACCAACAAGGAUGUCUCCAUCCAUCUCCAAUAGUGACCCAAAUGAAACAUUGAACUUCCUCUGGUGUCGCGGAUGCGGAGCUCUUCUUGGGACACAAUUUGCAACUGUUCCACCAACAAGGACGUCUCCAUCCAUCUCCCAAUAGUGACCCAAAUGAAACAUUUAAUUUCCUCCAGUGCCGCGGAUACGGAGCUCUUCUUGGGACACAAUUUGCAACUGUUCCACCAACAAGGACGUCUCCAUCCAUCUCCCAAUAGUGACCCAAAUGAAACAUUGAACUUCCUCUGGUGUCGCGGAUGCGGAGCUCUUCUUGGGACACUUGUAUCCGCGUCCUUCUCGACGCCGAGGAGGAAAGGGACACAAUUUGCAACUUCCAACAACGAGGACAUCUCCAUCUCCAAUAGUGACCCAAAUGAAACACUGAACUUCCUCUGGUGUCGCGGAUGCGGAGCUCUUCUUGGGACACAAUUUGCAACUGUUCCACCAACAAGGAUGUCUCCAUCCAUCUCCAAUAGUGACCCAAAUGAAACAUUGAACUUCCUCUGGUGUCACGGAUACGGAGCUCUUCUUGGGACACAAUUUGCAACUGUUCCACCAACAAGGAUGUCUCCAUCCAUCUCCAAUAGUGACCCAAAUGAAACACUGAACUUCCUCUGGUGUCGCGGAUACGGAGCUCUUCUUGGGACACAAUUUGCAACUUCCAACAACGAGGACGUCUCCGUCGAUCUCCAAUAGUGACCCAAAUGAAACAUUGAACUUCCUCUGGUGUCGCGGAUGCGGAGCUCUUCUUGGGACACUUGUAUCCGCGUCCUUCUCGACGCCGAGGAGGGAAGGGACACAAUUUGCAACAGUUCCAACAACGAGGACAUCUCCGUCGAUCUCCAAUAGUGACCCAAAUGAAACAUUUAAUUUCCUCCAGUGCCGCGGAUACGGAGCUCUUCUUGGGACACAAUUUGCAACUGUUCCACCAACAAGGACGUCUCCAUCCAUCUCCCAAUAGUGACCCAAAUGAAACAUUGAACUUCCUCUGGUGUCGCGGAUGCGGAGCUCUUCUUGGGACACUUGUAUCCGCGUCCUUCUCGACGCCGAGGAGGAAAGGGACACAAUUUGCAACUUCCAACAACGAGGACAUCUCCAUCUCCAAUAGUGACCCAAAUGAAACAUUUAAUUUCCUCCAGUGCCGCGGAUACGGAGCUCUUCUUGGGACACUUCUCGUCUCCAUUGCUGCAACCGUGCGCCAACGUAAACAAACAGAGGGUGGGCCAUAGAAAAGAGUGGGAACAUGUUCAUUUGUUUUAUUUUUACCUGCGUACAACACACUGAUGUCUCAGGGAAUCGUCCCUUUCCGGGAAGGUGCGGAGUAACAACGGGGAGAGAAAGAGGAACCCACCUUCGGAAGGGAAGGGGAAGCUACCGGCUGAGCCAAACAAAUCCUGGAACUUUUCUGAACAUCGAAGCCUUUUGUGUGCAGUUUUAAGGGGGAUUUUUAAGUUUUACUGUGACGCCUGUUUUUACUUAUUUUAAUCUUGAGAUCAUGCAGAAGAGCCUUUUAACUUGAAGCCCACCCCUCUUGAUCCAAGCUUUCUGGAGCGUAAGAAGAAAGAUUGUUUUUAGCCACGGAAGGAGCAAAUUUUGUCGCUCCCUGCAGGUGUUUUGGACUUCAACUCCCACCAUUCCUGGCCUCAGGCCCCUUCCUUUUGCCCCUCAGCCGCUUAAGCGGCUGAGGGGCAAAAGGAAGGGGCCUGAGGCCAGGAAUGGUGGGAGUUGAAGUCCAAAACUCCUGCAGGGAGAGCCCAAGUUGGCCCUUGCCCGAUCUAGUUGAGUUGGUGCUUUGUAUUGUGUGUCGGAAUCACUAUGGGGGUGUUGUUGUGUGGUUUCCGAGCUGUACGGCCAACAUAAUGUGCGCUUGCAGCCUCCGCAGGGGAGAGAGACGUUGGGAGAAAACCGUCCCCUUUUUGCAAACUUCAUUGCUAGAUCACAUUGGCCAUCCAGCCUGGAAACUGCACAACAACACCCCACUGUGCAUUGUGUGACGGAUGCUUCUUCUCAUGUGCCAACCCCCAGCUGGCUCUCUACCUCCACUAAUAUGUUGUUAUGUGGUUUCCGGGCUGUGUGGCCAACGUAAUGUGUUCUAGCAGCACCCGCAGGCCAGAGAGACGUCAAGAGAAAAGCAUUUGCCUUUUGCAAUCUUCGUUGCUAAGAACACAUUGGUCAUCCAGCCCAGACACCGCACAACAGCAUCCUACUGUGUGCAUUGUGUGUUUGACGUGCCUCAUGCGCCAAACCCAGCUAGCUCUCUGCUGGAAUCACUAAGGUGUUGCGUUUUUCGGGAUGUAUGUCCCAUGCAAGGUGUCAGGAGAGAUGUCAGGAGAAAAUGCUGCCAAGAACACUUUGGCCUGGAAACGACACAGCAACACCGCACUGUGCUUUGUGUGAUGGAUGGUGCCUCUCGUGCACCAAACCUAGUGGCAACACUUUACUAAGAGGAGUGGGAACGUGGUUUAGUGGCGCACCUUUGCUCGCCACUUUGCUUUACAGCCGUUGCCUAUUUCAUGGAGAACUCCCACUGCCAGCACAUGAUGCAGAAGCCAGUGAGGAAAGUCAUUUUAAAAAGAUUAUUAAGAAAAAAAAGUUAGCAACAUUAGCACCGAUGCAUAAGGGUGAUAGGCUUGUGUGCUUUGUAUUGUGUGGUUUCCAGAUUGUAUGGCCAAUGUAAUGUGCUCUAGCAGCAUCCACAGGAAAAGCAUCAAGAGAACACAUUGGCCAUAGAGCCCAGAAACCGCACAACAACACCCCGCUGUGUGCUUUGUGUGAUUGAUGCUGCCUCUCAUGCGCCGAACCCGGCUGGGUCUGUACUUCCAAGCGUCUGCUCUUUACUGGGAGGAGUGGGAACAUGGCUCAGUGGCGCACCUUUGCCCACCACUUCGCUUUACAGCCGUUGCCUAUUUCAUGGAGAACUCCCACUGCCAGCACAUGAUGCAGAAGCCAGUGAGGAAAGUCAUUUUAAAAAGACAACACAUGUGAUUAUUAAGGGGGGAAAAGAAGCAACAUUAGCACUGACGCAUAAGGGUGAUAGGCUUGUGUGCUUUGUAUUGUGUGCCAGAAUCACUAGGGUGGUGUUGUGUGGUUUCCAGAUUGUACGGCCAAUGUAAUGUGUUCUAGCAGCAUCCACAGGCGAGACAUCAAGAGAACACAUUGGCCAUCCAGCCCAGAAACCGCACAACAGCAUCCUACUGUGUGCAUUGUGUGUUUGACAUGCCUCAUGCGCCAAACCCAGCUAGCUCCCUGCUGGAAUCACUAAGGUGUUGUGUUUUUCGGGCUGUAUGUCCCAUGCAAGGUGUCAGGAGAGAUGUCAGGAGAAAAUGCUGCCAGAACACUUUGGCCUGGAAAUGACACAGCAACACCCCACUGUGUGCUUUGUGUGAUGGAUGGUGCCUCUCGUGCACCAAACCUAGUGGCAACUCUUUACUAAGAGGAGUGGGAACGUGGUUUAGUGGCGCACCUUUGCCCGCCACUUUGCUUUACAGCCGUUGCCUAUUUCAUGGAGAACUCCCACUGCCAGCACAUGAUGCAGAAGCCAGUGAGGAAAGUCAUUUUAAAAAGAUUAUUAAGAAAAAAAAGUUAGCAACAUUAGCACCGAUGUGGUUUCCAGAUUGUACGACCAAUGUAAUGUGCUCUAGCAGCAUCCACAGGAAAAGCAUCAAGAGAACAUGUUGGCCAUAGAGCCCAGAAACCGCACAACAACACCCCGCUGUGUGCUUUGUGUGAUUGAUGCUCCCUCUCAUGCGCCGAACCCGGCUGGGUCUGUACUUCCAAGCGUCUGCUCUUUACUGGGAGGAGUGGGAACAUGGUGCCUUGGCGCACCUUUGUCCCCACCUUCUUCGUGGAAGAUGCCUUUCCUGUGGAUGCUGCCGGAGCACAUUACAUUGGCCGUGCAAUCUGGAAACCACACAACAACCCUAGUGAGUCUGGCAGAGGCCAGUGAUGAGGAAAGUCAUUUUUUUAAAGAUAGCAAGAAAAAAAGGAAGCAACCUUAGCAUCGAUGCAUAAUAGUUUUUUUUAAAAAAGUAUAAUUUUAAAGUUGUGUUUUAUUUAAAAUGCAUAGCAAUGCAAUCAGUCCCCUUCUUGGAGGCAUGUGUGUGCGCGUGGCCGGGAAGGAGCCACGGAAGAAGUGCCUUGUGCAUUGCGCAGCCCGUGUCUGGCGGGGAAGCGCAAGGGAGGGAAGAAAGGAAACCCAGUGGUUGGAUAUCGAGGGCGGAAAGGAGGAGACUUGGGGAGCCCUGGGGAAAAGGAAGGAAGGAAAGAAAGAAAGAAGGAAGGAAGGAUUGGUGCCAGUUGUGUCUUGGUUUUGCUGCGCGAGAGAGCGAGGGCUGGGGGAGUGUUUUUGGUGUUACGGGACUUUAAUGUGUUCACCGCCUUAUUUAUGCUUCUUGUGUGCAUGGAUGCAUCGAGCAAAGUUCACACUCUGGCAAAUUUGUAGGAAGGAGGCAAAGAUGUCCGUGGUGCCAAUUUUAUAAUCCAAUUCUUAGACGCAGAAUAUUCAGAUCCGGCUUUGCCAGUCCCGGUGACCUCUUUGCGGGGAAACAGAAGAUGCUUUCUUCCUCCUCUGUGUGGACUGGGCCCAAAACCACUGUGGCUUUGCUGCUGCUGUGAUGCUGCACUGAGCCUGGGCCCGAGUGUCACUCUCUCGCCUUCACGCCUGGGCUUUCGGGAGAGGCCGCACGGACCCCACACUUGACCCCACACUUGACCCGAGACCCUGCGUUCCCUGAGCCAGCCCCUCCUGGGCCCACGAGUGGGUGUGUGGGUGGGUGGGUGCCCGCGUGCAUUGAUGCAGGAGCGAGUGUCGAGGGGGGAGCCAGCCUCUUCCGCUUUGCAGCCCCACAUCACGGGAGGGAGUCGGGGUGCCUUUUGUGCGUCUGUUCACUUGUGUUCCUCCCGUGCGCUUUUGUGGUAGGAUAGGAGUGAAUGCCAGUGUAAAUGCUCUUGGUGAAAAAGUGGGCUCCCUGUGCAAUCGGGGAGCAAAUAAAACUGCCGGGUUGUGGAUAAAAGAA